AUGUCUGAAAAUAAACAAGGGGCUCAGCCCCCUGUAAAAAUUGGUCAUUACAUUCUAGGCCAAACUUUGGGUGUCGGCACAUUUGGUAAAGUAAAAAUAGGCGAACAUCAGCUAACUAAGCAUAAAGUGGCUGUUAAGAUUUUAAAUCGUCAGAAGAUUAAAAGUUUAGAUGUGGUUGGUAAAAUUAGAAGGGAAAUUCAAAAUUUAAAACUUUUCCGCCAUCCUCAUAUUAUUAAAUUGUAUCAAGUCAUAAGUACACCGACUGAUAUUUUUAUGAUAAUGGAGUAUGUUUCUGGUGGUGAGCUAUUUGAUUACAUUGUAAAACAUGGAAAAUUGCAAGAACAUGAGGCUCGAAGAUUUUUCCAACAAAUUAUUUCGGGUGUAGAUUAUUGCCAUAGACAUAUGAUUGUACAUAGAGAUUUAAAACCUGAAAAUUUACUCUUAGAUCACAAUAUGCACGUUAAAAUUGCUGAUUUUGGACUAUCUAACAUGAUGAUGGAUGGUGAAUUUUUAAGAACCAGUUGUGGAUCACCAAAUUAUGCAGCACCUGAGGUCAUAUCAGGAAAACUAUAUGCUGGCCCCGAAGUGGAUAUUUGGUCAUGUGGUGUAAUUCUCUACGCAUUGCUCUGUGGCACUUUACCAUUUGAUGAUGAGCAUGUUCCUACUCUUUUUCGAAAAAUCAAAUCUGGUAUAUUUCCAAUUCCAGAAUAUUUGAACAAAACUGUAGUUAGUUUAUUGUGCCAAAUGUUACAAAUUGAUCCAAUGAAACGUGCUACAAUUGAAGAUAUUAAGAAACAUGAAUGGUUCCAAAAAGACUGUCCAGCAUAUUUGUUCCCUUCUCCUGUAGAACAAGAUUCUUCGGUUAUUGAUAUAGAAGCAGUUAGGGAGGUCUGUGAUAAAUUUGGUGUGCAAGAAUCUGAAGUUCACAGCGCUCUUCUCAGUGGAGAUCCUCAUGACCAACUCGCAAUUGCAUACCAUUUAAUAAUUGAUAAUAAACGGAUUGCCGAUGAAGCCGCAAAGGCAGAAAUAAAAGACUUUUAUGUCGCCGGUAGCCCACCCCCUGUAAGUAUGAGUCCAAGUCCAGGCGACUAUGGUUAUAGUCCAAUGAAGCCACACCCCGAGAGAAUUGCCCCCUUACGGCCCUGGCCAAGUUCAAAUCAUCCUGCUUUGGGAGAAAAAGGAAGAGUGAAGAGAGCUAAAUGGCAUCUGGGUAUAAGAUCGCAAAGCAAACCCAAUGAUAUUAUGAUGGAAGUAUACAGAGCAAUGAAGGCACUUGAUUAUGAAUGGAAAGUCAUGAAUCCCUAUCACGUUAGAGUUAGACAUAAGAACUCCCUACAAAAUCGUUAUGUUAUGAUGGCUCUACAAUUGUAUCAAGUUGAUUACAAAAGUUAUUUGCUAGAUUUUAAGAGUCUAAGCAAUGAAGAAGUUGAAUCUAAUAAUAGUGGUAUUUCUGUUAACAUCUUAGAUUCGGUGCCUACACCUAUUAUAUCAGGAGCUGCAGCUACAAAUGCCAAGUCUACGGGUCAUCAUACUAUGGAAUUCUUUGAAAUGUGCGCUGCUCUUAUUAUACAACUUGCUCGUUAAGUCAUUGCAUUUGGUAUAUAAAAAAGUAUUUACAAAAUUCAGCUUUGAAACAUUAGAUUAUACGUUUACCUCUAUUUUCAGAAUUUCUGAAUUUCUGUUAGAGGUUUUGAUCAUAAAUUUCAGUAUACAAUUUAAAUUUAGGGUUAAAAAGAGUGGGUAAGUUUUUAAAUUCAUUCAUUGUAAAAGCACAUAUUGCUUUUUUAUUAAAUAAUUUUUAAAUCGCUAAUAAAUCAUGCAGGGUGUAUAUCAAUUUGGAAUUGUCAGGGAAUUUUAUAGAUCUGGAAAUGUCGAGGAAAUAUCAGGGAAUUUUUCAAAUUUUCAUAGAAUUUUUUCAAACUGCAUUUUAGUCAGUCUUUAUUUACAAGGUGUUGCCACUGGACGCCACGUUACUGAAAAGUAAAUUCUCUACCAUUAAUUUUACAACAUCUAUUUUUACCACCUGUCAUCCUUUUGUUGAUCGACUCUCAAUAAGAAUUAGUUUAUACUAUUAAGUGCAAAUUAAAUAUACUGGUCAGUUUUUAAUUUAAAAGAAAAUGGUGUAAUCGGAGAAAAUUAAAUUUGUAUUUAAAAAAAUAUGAGCAUUUAUGACCAAAUUCGAUAUAAUUUCUUAAUAAUUUUACCAAAGAAAUAUUUUCCGAUUUUGUUAGCAUUAUUAAUAACACUUAGAAAUUAACUAAAAAUUCUACAUGCUUAAAAUUCCCUAAUUGUGCAAAUUUUAUGGUGACCACUAUAUCAUUCUUGAAAUACUACAUAUUUUGUUACAUAUUACUAAAAAAAAUUCAAUUAAUUAUUAAUUCACAAAAUUCAUGAAUUUAUUGAAAAUAUUGCACUCAGUCUAAUUUUGUAUUGUAAUUAUUCAAUUGGGCGAAAUUUGCAUAUUAAUAUUUGUUUAUUACAUAAAAAAUAAUUACUUAGAAGUAACCUAUUAAUUUCAGGCCUGAGGGUAUGAUGCACAGUAGCAAAAUAGUGGAAUGGGAGUACUAUGGGUUCUCAUCCACUGUACAUUUUUCUUAUUCUACAUCAAACGUACUUUCUCUUUAAUUUGUACAUUUACGGAGUCAAGUAAAGUCUAGUACUUUCUUUUGCUACAGAAUAUAUUUCCUGAUCUAUUUUUACAAAAAAAAAUAUUUGCCAUCAAAAUACAGUUGCUGUUUCUAUAUUUUUGUUUCUUCGAGGUGUUAGGCCAAAUUAGAGUAACUAAGCGGGGUAGUGCAAUGCAAAUGCAAUACACAAAAAUUGAGGACAUGAAAACGAUGGGGUGUUUGCCACGUUUACAGAUAUUAACCAGGCGGGUAGCUAGAGGAAGGCGCUGGGCCCCCUCCCCCCCUGAAAAAAAAAAAAACGAUCCAAUUGGUCGGACUAGUCGGCUGAUUAUCUGGCCACUCAAGGCCCACUUCAAGCAAAAAUCCUAUGCCCAUGAUAUUAACAGAAAGUAAAAUGUGACAAAAAACUUGUCAAGUAUUUUAUUUUUAAAUAAAAUUAACACGUUUGCUGCCCAUGCCGACACAGUGUUGGCGCUCGGGUUCGGCAACUGGUGUCUCCGCCGCCACAUGUGUGUCGACACUGACGGUUGAAAAUAUAACCACCCGCUUAGGAGUGGCCUCCACGGUUGCGAACUAGGUAAGGGCACGUUGCUAAGACCCCUAUAAGGUUAUUUACGUGUUUGGUCCGGGAGAUUUAUUUUAUUACAAGAAAUGGCGGACAAUGCAGUUCCAGGGCCAUCUGGUGCACAACAACUUAGAAUAACAAACUCAAAAAACUGAUUGAAGAUGAAAUGCUGGCUUUUGCAUAUUAUAGUGAUUCGGAUGAAGAACCUUUUCAAGAUUCAGGUAGGGAGUGAAGCGGAGCAGAAGAAUUAGCAGGAGAUUUUGGAGACGAUUUAGGCUAUCCACUGUAGCCACCUCUAGGCAUUCAAAACGAAGAAUUAGACCCUGAUUUGUGCAAUAUACAUGAUCAAAUUUUAUCAUUUGUCGCCAACACUGGUGCGUCACUGGGCUCAGGGAUAAUAUAUUUUUAAGCAGUGCCCCUGACGCAACAUAUGCGACGGUGUAGUUUUUGAACUUCAAUUCUAUAUUUCUAUAUUUUUGUAAAAAUUGUUACUAAUAAUCCCAAAUUAGUUGAUUGGGAUUGCCGAAUUACAUACAGUAUUUGAUGGGUAGCGAACGUGUUAAAAGAAAUAUAAACCUAAGUGUUUAGUUUUUUGAUGCAAACACCCCAUUAUAUUCUUUUAAUUCUGUUAUUUUUGGUUCCAAUAGAUCUAUUUAUGAAGUCGAAUUGUUUCCAUUAAUAUUUCUCAAAUGAAUUUAAAAACUUCUCCAGGUAUUUUUUAACUACCUUUUGUAUAAAAUAAACGAUGUAAAAAAUACCUAUUAAGACAUUAGUUUUUUAUUAUUGAAAGGGCCGUUUCAUGGCUCUAAAUAAUUUGUUGAUAUGAUUAUAGUAGCAACUUUAUUAGUGAUGUGAUAACACUAAGCUAAAAAAGUUAUGUACAUGUAUAUAUAUAUAUUUUAGUUGCUCAGUGUUUUAAUAUAUUUUAAAUUUACAUA